AUGUUCUCGUUUUGUACCGCUCUUCUUUUGGGGAUGUCGCUAACGCCAUUCCUCAAGCUUGCGACUCGCAGCCGGCGUUCCGCAGCCAACAACUCCGUUCAGACCACAUUUUCCAUUAGCUCGCGACGCUCGCGUAGCUCUGGAAGCUCCAGAGUUUGGCUCAUCAGCGCCAACGCUCAGACUAAAUCAAGAGAAUCCGAAUCACACAGGAUGCUGUGUCAUAAUCAUCCCAUUGAUGCCUUGCUCAUUGACCAUGACGAACAAAUACUUGGCGCCCGGGGCUUUGGCUCCAACCUGGUUUCUACAUUGCUUCCGCGUGGAACCAGUUUUCAACGCUCUGCUUCAGAAAUACGAGAGUUAUAUGAAGCAGAGCAGUUUAUGUCCUCCCGGCGAAAAUAG